AUGGCCACCGCCACUCCCACUGAAGCCCAAAUCCAGCACCAGCAGCUUAUCGAGCAGCUCGACAUCCACUCCAUCCACAAGACCUUCCGAAACCAGCACUGGAAACCCAACCAGCGCCGAAACAAGAACCUCAAGGCCAUUGUAGGCGAUGCCUCUAGAAGAGAAGCGUCCGCUCUGGCGACCCCUCAGGAGGGAAGCGGAAAUGCCACGCCUGCAAGAGAUGAUGGCUUGUCCACAAGCGGAACCUCUACACCUGCGACCACCAACGGUCGAGACCAGGCUCCUAAUCUUGCUCAAGCAUCACGGAGCCUUUCAAAGCUGGUACUUGAAAAGAGUUUGAAGCCACCGGGUGCGAUUGCUUCUGCGCCGACGGCGACAUAUACCAAUAUUGAAUCAGCACCGUCAUUGGCUCAUUCCAAGCACUACUGCGAUGUCACGGGCUUGCCUGCGCCGUAUAUCGACCCCAAGACCCGAAUGAGAUACUAUAACAAAGAGAUCUUUGCUUUGAUUCGGUCCCUGCCACAGACUUCUGCCGAACAGUUUCUUGAGGCUCGUGGUGCACAUACCGUUCUGAAGUGA